AUGGGGUCCCAAGCUUCUUCCCUUACCGCCCUUCCUUCCGCCGUUCCGGCGCAAAUUACGACUCCUUCCACCGAUGCCCCCGCGAAGCCCAAGCCGUGCUGCGUGUGCAAGGAAGAGAAGGCCAAGCGCGACGACUGCAUGCUUUUCUCCAAGUCCGAUGACCCCCAGAAGGACUGCGUGUCGACGAUAGACCAGUACCGCGCGUGCAUGGCUGGUUUCGGCUUCAAGGUCUAA